AGUAUCCUAUAAAGAAACGUCGAAUAGAACAGGGUUGGAAGUCAUACACCGCCUCUGAUGGUCAUUCCGUAGAAUUGCCAUCCGAAAUAAUUGACAUGCUUGAGAGUGACAGCUUCGUACCUGAUAAGCGCAUCGAUUUCAAAAAUGCCUUCCAGAACUUUAGUGCUCGCCAAUCAAUUAUCCUACCACAUCUUGGCCAGGAACCUAAACACUUCGCUAAAUCAUAUCAAGGAAGGACAGUUCUUGUCACUAAACAGAUGAAUGACAUAUGGGACAAGCUUUCAGCAGACAGUGACAAUUCAAUCAAGCGUGUUCUUUCAGGCCCAAUGGGUGUGGGCAAAUCAUAUAUUUCCUACUUCCUUGCAUCUAAAGCUUAUGCUGAAGAAUGGCCGAUGCUCUACAUCGCAGAUGCAUCUGAUCUUAAUGUAGAAUCACCAGAGAAAGCAGGAGAGGUGAUUUGCAGAUACUUCCUGGCACUUAAUAAAGAUAUUUUGACUGCCGCCGAACUUGAGAAGAUUGUGCAAUGUGCUAGUGAUCGUAAUACUCAACAGAUUUGGGUUACCGUCGCUGAACAAAUUCUAGACUCAAUAAAAUUAGCACGUCGCAAAGCUCUAUUAAUUGUUGACGAACAUGGUAUAUUAUUUGAAAAAGAACCGGUACCUUUAAGAAUUCACUUGUUAAGUCCUCUGAUGAACCUUAAUUUUUGGGGAGAAAAAUACAAAUUUGCACGUGUAAUCUUUACGGGGACUGCACAUGCUAAAUAUGAGAGGGAGUACUUGAAAAAUGGUCAACAUGAGUUUUGGGUGAUCUAUGUUGGUCCACUACAGAGCAAUUCAUUUGAUAUUUUGUUACAGUUGCACCCCAUACUGAGUAUACAAGGCAUCAAAGAAGACGCAAAAAGGGUUACGAAUUGUGUGCCACGUGAACUCAUAUACCUAGUUGACAUCAUCAAUCAACACAAUGUCGCUAUUACCAAUGUAGACGACUUUCAACCAAUACUAAAAAUUAUGUGA